AUCUCCGAUAUCACGUUAGUCGCGUCUGAUUCUGCACCCACCAAUUGCGCCAACGCGACUACCGUCCACGCGAACAGAGGCGCGCAAGCCCUGCAACGUCGCCCAUAACACUAAGUCGUGAUACUAAGACUAAUUUUCCAAGUCGGUAUGUCGCGCGCACAAGCUGAUGAUGAGUUCAAAGGAGCUACCGAUCGCUUUUUGGCGUGGUUCAAGGCCGGCGGCGGUGUCUUUCGAGACGACCUGCUGGAGAUUCAAGAUUUGAGAGACAAGGACGCAGGCCGAGGGAUUAUCGCGAAGCAAGAUAUACCCCAGGACACGACGCUUUUCAGCAUCCCUAGAGACCUGAUCAUCAGCGUGGAGACUUCCGAACUCCCUGGUAAACUGCCAGAAGUCUUUGACGCGUUUGUUGGUGGUGAAGGCGACGAUGAGAAAGAACCCCUCGACUCGUGGACGUCCCUUAUAUUGGUCAUGAUGUAUGAGCAUCUACAGGGCGAUGCAUCACACUGGAAACCAUAUCUGGACGUACUACCACACACGUUUGAUACACCCAUCUUUUGGUCCGAGGCGGAACUCAAAGAGCUUGAGGGAACAUGUCUAACAGCCGAGAAAGUCGGAAAGCAGCAAAGUGAUGAUAUGCUACGAUCGCGCGUUGUUCCUGUCAUUGAGCAGAACCCCGCGAUCUUUUACACGGAAGGCGCUCCAAGGUCAAGUAGUGAAGAACUUCUUGAUCUUGCGCACCGCAUGGGCAGCAUAAUUAUGUCUUACGCUUUCGACCUGGAUAACAAAGACGAGGAGUCCGACAACGAAGAAGACGGAUGGGUCGAAGAUCGUGACGGCACCACUCCUCUUGGAAUGGUACCCAUGGCAGAUAUACUGAAUGCGAAUGCCGACUUCAAUGCACAUGUCAAUCAUGGCGACAGUCUCGAAGUUACGUCUCUUCGAUCAACUCUGCCAGCUGGGUCGGAAGUUCUCAACUACUACGGUCCAUUACCAACGUCCGAGCUACUACGCCGCUACGGCUACGUAACACCUGAACAUGCCCGUUACGAUGUAGCGGAGCUAUCUUGGAGCCUCGUUCGCGCAGUGCUCAUUGAACAGCUCACAGUGCCAGAAGAGGUCGUUAGCAAGGUUGAAGCAAAGCUUGAAGAGAACGAAAAGUUCGAAGAGUACUUCAUCAUCGAGCGCGACUCCGGCGAUCCAGACUCGGAAGGGCAGCUCACGUAUUCGGCUCAGCUGCGCGAAGUAUCCCCGGAGCUGGAAGAGCAAGUGAAGGCUGUUUUCAAAGGCAUCAAGAAGCAGAAGCCAGAGCUAUUCUCGGAGAAGCGGAAACGCAUUGACGACUACCAAACGAUCGUGGAAAAGGCCUUGAUCGCAAAGCUUGCGACAUAUUCUACGAGCGUGGAGGAAGACGAGACGCUUCUCAAGGGUGACGACCUGGCUGAGCGCCGUCGUAUGGCUAUCACGGUUAGGCUCGGUGAAAAGAGGUUGCUUCAAGAGGCUCUGGCGCUCCUGCAGCGGAACGAAGAGGGAGAGAUUAAGACGCAGACUGGAAAGAAGACGAAGCAGAGCGCAUGAUGUAUGCAUCGAACUUGGGGAAGGGUCGUACCGUUGUCGCAUUCGCCCAUUCCCCAUCAAACACACGAAUCGCACUCCUCAUAACUCCUUCGCAUCCCACUCACUAUGGCGAAAACUAUCUUGUUGUCGCAUCUUGUUGCCCUACCAAACGGAUAUUUAUUGUUGGCAGCGUCGGCUGCCAUGCAGCGCAUCAUGCUGCAACCAUGACAUCACACACUGGGGACCUCAAAUCGCAAUGCGCAAUUGUCAAUAAUCUCUGUUAUGACAGCAGUAGAGCGUCGCCGUAUU